AUGGCGCUGAAUUGCUCGUCACGCUCGCUCCUGGUGACCGAUGAUUGUGCCGGCAUGAUGCUUGGUUGUGGGUGUCGGUCGGAGGAGGCCUCCCCUCUGUCAUCCUGUGGGGUGAAUUCGCUGUGGUGGGAUGAGCUGGAGAUGGAGAUGGAGCUGGAGCUGGAGGAGGAGGUGGUGGAGUCGGAUCCUGUGGAUCUCUUACCCACGGACCCUUUUGGGAUGAACCUGGAGACUACAUUCACCGCCGCGAUUGCCAGUUGCAUUGGGGACCUCACAGUCAUGUCUGGUGCUGGGCAUUUUGGAAGCGGUGACGAUGAUGAUUUCUAUGCCGACCUGAGUUAUUACUUGAAUCAGGCUUUUGUGCUCACUCCAGAGCCAUGGAGUGGUGACUAUACCGGUGUUUUUGAGGAUUCUUUUGUAUGUGGAGACCUCUCAGGUGCUGGAGGCAUGGAACAGUUUUCACGGUUGCCUCCUAGUGCAUCCUGCUCAGAGCCUAUUGGGGUCACAGAGGACCCAUCUAGCUCUUGUGACACAGCCUUUCCAUGCUGUGAUAUGGUUGAUGUUGCUCCUGUCCAGGAGGGAAAUGAUGCACAUGAAGCAAUGGUGUUUGUUCUGAGCUAUCUUGGUUUACGUGACAUCCUCUCUGUUGAGAUGGUGUGCAAGUCACUGCGUUCAGCUGUCCGGAACGAACCCUUUUUAUGGAAAUGCAUCCAUAUUGACUCGCACUUGGGCAAGAAGGUGUCUGAUGCUGAUCUUCUUUGCGUGACACAGAAGUCCCCGGGUUCUGUGCAGUGCCUGAGUCUUAUGGGCUGUCUAAGCAUCACAGAUCAGGGAUUGAAAGCUGUUUUAGAGAGUAAUCUACAGUUAACAAAGUUGGGCAUUUUUGGUGCUUUCCGGAUUACUCAUCAAGGUCUUAUUGACAAUCUGAGGUCAUUUAAUAUGAAAGCAGAUAUUGGUAUCAAGAAACUAAGAGUUACAAAUCGUGUCACUGCAUCAGAAGCGCAAUAUGAAGAGUUGUUAUCCUUGAUGAAAAUAGACAAGGAGCUGGCAAUACACAAACAGGAGCCUCGGAUCUUUCAUGCUGAUCGUCUUUUACCAGAUCUUCAUGGUGGAUAUGUUCCCGAUUCUUUCGUACCAGAUCUUCAUGGUGAAUAUGCUCUUGAUAUUGAGAAGUGCCCUCUUUGUCCGAACUACAAGCUUGUUUAUGAUUGCCCAUCAAAAGAAUGCAAGACCAGCGGACCUAGUACUUGCAGAGGGUGUGUUGUUUGCAUCUCGAGAUGUUUGCGAUGUGGGAAAUGUAUAGACAGUGAGUUCCAAGAGACAUUUCUUCUGGAGAAUCUUUGUCGUGACUGUGUCAAGUAUGAAGAUUCACCCCCCACAGAAAAAUAG